ACCCGCUCCCCGCGGUGACCACAACAUGGCUGCGGCGCCGGGGCUGUCCUUGUGGCUGCUCCUGCUCCGGCUGCCCUGGCUGGUACCGGGCCAUCCGGAGCCUGACGCGGACCGGCGCUUCUCCGAAUACAAACUCUGCGCCGACGUGGAAUGCAGCAUGUUAAUGUACCGGGGAGAAGCUCUGGAAGAUUUUACGGGCCCGGACUGUCGUUUUGUGAAUUUUAAGAAAGGCGACAGUGUCUAUGUCUACUAUAAACUGGCAGGGAAAUCACCUGAAGUUUGGGCUGGAAGUGUUGGACGUAUUUUUGGAUAUUUUCCAAAGGAUUUAAUCCACGUAGCCCAUAAAUAUAUUAAAAAAGAGCUACAAGUUCCAGCAGAUGAGACAGAUUUUGUUUGCUUUGACGGGGGAAAAGAUGAUUUUGAUAACUAUAACGUAGAAGAACUUUUAGGAUUUUUGCAAUUGCACAAUUCUGCAACCGUAGAUUCUAAGAAAGCUACAGAAACAACGUCCCAGCAUGCGGACAGACCUCCUGAAGGGUCUGAAGAAAGUGCCCCUGACCCUGACUCGGCACAGGCCGCCUCGGGGGGACGACAUGGCGUUUUCUCAGGGAACACUAAGGAGCAGAAGGGAGGCUACGAGGCUCCAAAGACCCACCCCCACGUGGACAGUCAGACAGAUCACUCUCAGGGGGAACGAUCUUCAUUUGAAGAAAUGCUUCAAGAUAAACUAAAAGUGCAAGACAAUGAAAACAACAAAACCAGCAAUAAUUCUCAGAUCUCUAAUGAACAGGAGAAGAUGGAUGCUUAUAAACUUUUGAAAACAGAAAUGAAUCUGGAUUUGAAAACCAAAUUUGGCUCCACUGCUGAUGCGCUGGUGUCUGAUGACGAGACAACCAGACUUGUUACUUCAUUAGAAGACGAUUUUGAUGAGGAAUUCGAUGCUGAGUAUUAUGUAGUUGGGAAGGAAGAAGAGGAAGACAAUCAGGAAGAUUUUGAUGAUAUACCAUUGCUAACUUUCACAGAUGGAGAAGACCUGAAAAUGCCAGCAACAUCAGAAGUUGGCAAAUAUUCAAGUGAUAAAGAGCAGAAUUCAAGUGAAGAGGAUAAGGUAGAGGUAACUCAGGCCCUUCACGUCAAAAAUGAUGAAGAAUAUCUACUAGCAACUUGGGAAGACACUGUCAUCUCCGCUGACACAGAAGGUGAGGAACAAACAGAUGUGGAUUUCGAGAGUUUUACAUCAGAGGAAGAAAAGGAAGAUGAUGAUGGAUUAGUUCCAGACAGCAAAUGGGGGACACCACAAUUAGCACCAGAUUACACUGACCCUCAAAAGGCGGAAGACGGCCUUCCAGCUGCAGAAGCUCCUAAAACCAAUAAUGACAAAGACCCAGAAAUGGACACAGAACUUCACGUUAAAGGAAAAGGGGAGACGGUUGAAGAAUCUGAGAAGAACCCGGUGCAGGAUGAGAAAGGAAUAGAGGAUGAAAAGAAAGAAGACAGGGCUCCGCACCGUCCUACUCAAAGCAGUAACCUCAACUCUCUGCCAGCGACUGAAAAGGGUAAGGAAACAUUAAAGUUGGUCUUCAGUAACAAAGAACACGACCUAAAAGGAGCAGCUGUUCCUGUCUCAAAAGGAACGGUCCGCGAGGAGAAGCCCAGAGAGCCGACUCUGGAAGGUGGCUCAGGGGGUCGGCGGGAGCAUGAAGCUGCAGGGAGUCAGGCGAAGGAAGGAGAGAUUAAACAGGCAGCCACGGAUGCCACACCGCUGUCGGGAGCUGAUCUGCAUAAUGCAUCUAAAGACGGUGUGGAGGAGGAAGCAGAUAUUUUAGUAAACGGACCAAAACCACACACAGUUUCAGUGGAGCAUCUAAGUGAGAAAUUUAAAGAGGAACAGCUUCUUAAAACUCAAAAUCAACCUAGGUUCUCCUCUCCGGAUGAUAUUGGCUUGUCAGCAGGGCUAGAAGAUGAGGGUCCCGUUCUGGGAAGAAAUCUGUCCUGGAAACAAGAAAGAGAAGUGGCCCCUGCAGUUCCUGAGCAAGUGAGUGAGAAGACAGGGCUGCCGGCGGAGGAGGUCACAGGAGGUGCCGCAGGCGAAGAGCUUGUGCGUCCAAAGCCGGGCGCUCCGGAGGCUGAAACGUCAGGCCAACCUGACAGCGCAGAACUGCCAGGCCUCCACACCGAAAAGCCAGAAACAGAAGAUGAUGAUGACUUCCCUGAAGAACUACUGGAGGAUGAAAAUGCUGUGAGCGCAAAGCAGUCUAAAGAAAAAAGCCCUGGGAUGCAGGACAGGCAGUUCGAUGUUCGUCCCCAAGUCCCUGAAAGAGAGGCUUUAGGCACCAUGAAUACUGAUGCAGAAACUGAAGCAAACAAAGAAAAAACUAGUCAUAUUUUGGAAAGUGAAAGAAAAAAUGAAACUGUGGGCAAAGGGGUAGGCACGCUCGGCAAGGAACCUGGCGGUCCGGUGGUAGAAAAAGAAACAAGCUCUCUUGCAGGUAAGAAAGCACAGACACCAUCUGAAGAAAGUGACUUUGCUGACAAGAAAACCUAUCCGACCCCAGAGCCAGGUGAAGUGUUCCAGAGUAAAGAGUCUGGCUCUGUUACAGAAGACAAGCCUGAGGACUGCCUGACAACCUCGGGGCUUGCGGAGAAGCCUGGGGACCAGCAGGACGUAGAGACGCUCAGGCAGACGCGGAGCCAGGGGGCUGCCUCUGAGGAGCAUGAGGGCGCUGUGUCCCACUUGGCCGCACCUACAUCUGCAAAGCCAGAGCACAGGGACCACACGGCCGACCUGCCUAUAAUAAGCAGCUUCUUCAAGGAACAGCAGUCUUGGCAGCGGUUCCAGAAGUACUUUGAUGUCCACAAUCUGGAAGCCAUGCUCCAAGAAAUGUCCCUAAAGCUGAAGUCAGCACAGCAGAAGAGCCUGCCCUAUAAUGUGGAAAAAGCCCUAGAUAAGGUCUUCCGUACGUCUGAGUCACGAAUUUUGAGCAUAGCAGAGAAAAUGCUGGAUACUCGUGUGACCGAACUUCAAAGUUUGGGAAUGAAGGAAAAAAACAUAUUUGAAGAGGCCGCAGUGCUAGAUGACGUUCAAGACCUGAUCUAUUUUGUCAGGUACAGGCACGCGACGGGGGAGGACACCGGGCCAUUGGCCAUGGCGCAGACUUCACAGGAAGGCUGGGAUGGACCCGCGGAAGAGAUACAGCCGCCCCUGGAAGAUGACGUCCCCCAAGAGAGCACCGAGGAUCCUAACAUGCAGCUUCCUGAAGAGCAUAGCCACUCGGAUGAGCCCGUAACUAGUGACGUGAGUGUCUUAGAAGCGCCACCGAAGCUGAAUACCGAGAAAGACGCACUGCCAGAGAGAGUUGUAACGGAAAGCACUCCUGACAAUACGGCUGAUGGAAAAAUGGAACCGGAAAUACCUGCCGACGAGCCAGCAAGUGUCAUGCCUUUGGAAAAUACAAUUCUCUCAAUACAGUCAUUCACGUUUUAUUUAACUAAGACGCUGCUUUCUACAUUGCCUGGUGAUGUUCAGUCUGCACCUGAUUUUUAUGGACUGCCAUGGAAGCCUGUGCUUAUCACCGCCUUCUUGGGAAUUGUUUCAUUCGUCAUUUUCUUCUGGAGAACCGUCCUUGCUGUAAAGAGUCACGUGUACCAAGUCACUGAACAGCAAAUUUCUGAGAAGUUAAAGAUUCUCAAGAAAGAAAAUGCAGACCUUGUACAAAAAUUGUCAAAUUAUGAACAGAAGAUCAAGGAGUCAAAGAAAUACGUUCAAGAAACCAAGAAACAGAAUAUGAUUCUCUCUGAUGAAGCAAAUAAAUACAAGGAUAAAAUCAAGGAACUUGAAGAAGCUAAGGAGAAUCUGAACGAUAAAGCUAAAAACCUGCGUCUCAUGUUAGAGUCUGAGAGAGAACAGAAUGCCAAGAACGAGGACUUGAUACUGGAAAACAAGCAAUCUUUAGACAAGUUAAAGGAUGUCAUUGCCAUGAAUGCCUCAGAACUCUCAGAGGUUCAAAUUGCCCUUAAUGAAGCCAAACUUAGUGAAGAGAAGGUGAAGUCUGAAUGCCAUCGGGUUCAAGAAGAAAACGCUAAGCUUAAGAAGAAGAAAGACCAGCUGCAGCAGGAAAUCAAAGACUUGAAAAAAGCAUAUACUGAGCUCAGUGAGCAAAUCAAAUCAUUUGAGAAGUCUCAGAAAGAUUUGGAAGUAGCUCUUACUCAAAAAGAUGAUAAUAUCAAUGCUUUGACUAAUUGCAUCACACAGUUGAAUCGGUUAGAUUGUGAAUCUGAAUCUGAGCAUCAAAGUAAAAGAGGAAAUGAGUCAGAUGAAUUAGCAAAUGGGGAAGUGGGAGGUGACCGAAGUGAGAAGCUGAAAAAUCAAAUUAAGCAGAUGAUGGACGUUUCUCGGACACAAACAGAAAUAUCAGUAGUUGAAGAGGAUCUAAAACUUCUACAGCUGAAGCUGCGAACCUCGGUAUCCACCAAAUGUAACCUGGAAGACCAAAUAAAGAAAUUAGAAGAUGACCGCAAUUCACUGCAGUCCGUCAGAGCUGGACUGGAAGAAGAAAACAGAACCCUGAAGCAGAAAGUGGAGAUUCUGAAUGAACUCUAUCAGCAGAAGGAGAUGGCUCUGCAAAAGAAGCUGAGUCAAGAAGAGUACGAGCGGCGAGAAAAAGAGCAGCGGUUGUCAGCUGCCGAUGAAAAGGCGCUUUCGGCGGCCGAGGAAAUAAAAACCUACAAGUGGAGAAUUGAAGAACUGGAGGAAGAGCUACAGAAGACAGAGCGCUCCUUUAAAGACCAGAUUGCUGCUAAUGAGAAGAAAGCUCACGACAACUGGCUGAAAGCCCGUGCCGCAGAGCGAGCCAUGGCCGAAGAGAAGAGGGAAGCAGCCAACCUGAGACACAAAUUAUUGGAAUUAACCCAAAAGAUGGCGAUGCUGCAGCAGGAACCUGUGAUUGUUAAACCAAUGCCAGGAAGACCCAACACACAAAACCCUCCACGAAGAGGUCCCCUGAGCCAGAACGGCUCUUUCGGCCCAUCGCCCGUGAGUGGGGGAGAGUGCUCCCCUCCGCUGAGAGACCCGCCCGCGAGACCGCUCUCCGCCACGCUCAGUCGGAGGGAUGUGCCCCGAAGUGAAUUUGGUCCGGGGGCCGCGGCAGCUGCCGUGACCAGCAGCAGCCCAAGGAGCGCCUCCCCUUCGAGGGGGAUGGAGGAGGGCAAGCACACUGUUCCCCAAGAGUCGGAAGGCCCCUCUGUCCCCAGCAUUACACCCUUGGCUGGGCACCCAGUAGCAGUGAAUAUGGCCGCAGAAGGGCCGCCUCCCUUCCCGGGGGCGCCAGUGAUGAGCCCUCCCAUGGGAGGCCCCGUGCCGCCGCCGCCCCUUCGCUACGGACCACCGCCUCAGCUCUGCGGGCCUUUCGGGCCCCGGCCCUUUCCGCCGCCGUUUGGUCGUGGCAUGCGGCCACCUCUAAGCCUAAGAGAAUACGCACCCGGCGUGCCACCUGGAAAACGGGACGUGCCUUUCGACCCCCAAGGAUUUGUGCCGGGACACCCUCAUUUUAGGCCUGUGGCCUCUCCUGGCCCUCGCGAGUACUUUAUCCCUGGUCCCCGACCACCACCCCCGCUAAGCCAUGGCCCCCAGGAUUACCCUCCACCUGCUGCAAGAGACUCACUGCCUCCGGGCUCCAGGGAGGAGCCCCCGCCGGCCUCGCAGAGCGGCAGCCAGGACCCCUCCCAGGCCUUGAAGCAGAGCCCAUGACCCAGGCCUCCGACUUCCGGUCCGCGAGAAGCUGGCCUGUGCGCUAUUCCUUACAGUCUUCAAAAUCCAGAAACUUAAAUAAAGUUAGUUUUUAGAACUAAGCUGCCCUGGCAGCCUGCAUUUUUGAGCCAAACAAUGAAAAAUAUAUUCCCUCCCCUUAAAUAAAAAUCACCCUUUAAGCUACAGCCCCCUUCCAACUUUGAAAUGUGCAAUAAAGAAUACCUGUGUUUUAGUUAAUGUAGCAUAUGUAACUGUCAAAUGAUUUAGUAUGUCUUGAAAAAUAUGAACAUUUCCUGUGGAAAUGCUUUAAGAACAUGUAUUUCCAUUUAUUAUCCUAUUUUUAGUGUAUACCGGUUGGAUGCAGAGCAACUGUUUAUAAGCUUGAUUUUUUUAAAGUAUCUAUCUGGUCGCAAGGACUGUUACGCUAAAAACGUUUACUAAAAGAUCACUGAACUUUAUCUCCCCUCUUGCUGAAGUUCUUUGUAGUAAAGGUUCAUUAAAAUUUGGUUAUUAAUGUUUCCCAAGUGUCUGUUGAGUUGCUGGGUUGUUUUCUCAUG